GUUCAACACGCUAUGGAUUUAAUCCAUAGGUUCAUAACAGUCAGCUACAACGCUGGGAUCAGCGCGUGCGAGAAGGGCGGGCAGUGGCAGCGGGCGCUGUCACUGCUGAGCGAGAUGUGGCAGGCGAAGCUGGAGCCAAACGUCAUCAGCUACAACGCUGGGAUCAGUGCGUGGGAAGAGGGCGGGCAGUGGCAGCGGGCGCUGGCGCUGCUCUGGGAGAUAUGUGAGGCGAAGUUGGAGCCCGAUGUCACCAGCUACAGCGCUGGGAUCAGCGCGUGCGAGGCCAGAGGGCAGUGGAACAAGGCGCUUGACCUGCUCGAGUCGAUGCUGGGGGUCCGCGUGGACCCUGCUGCUGCCAAUAGCCCUGACGACGGUUGGUACGUGCACGACCUCGAGGCAGGUGGCCCUAGGGAUGUCUUCAAGCACAUGGUUCUCGUGGCCCUGCUACAGCAGAUGGUUGCAAGCGCGGAUCCUUUCACCUUCAUUGACAUGCACGCUGCUUCUGGCGUCUACAACCUCAGUUCUGGGGAGUCGCUGCGAUGUCGGAUGUCUGACAAGGGCAUUCUCCGACUUUCACGUGCUGCCGGUGGUUGCGGCGGUGGUCUGGUUGCAGAUUAUUUUGCCUCUGUGUGGAGGUGCAACCAGGCCUUGGGCUCCUCCUCGGGCGCCCUGAGCAUCUACCCUGGAUCGCCUGCGCUGGCGUGGCAGUGGCUGAGGCCACAGGACACCGCCGUUCUCUUCGAGUCUGUCGCCGAAACCUACGAGGCCUUGAGGCGCAGUUUCGCCUUGCUGGACAGAGAUGGAGGUCGCCAUCUCGCACUGCUGCACGACGACUCUUACCUGCGGCUCGCCCUUGGUCCGUGGCCCUGGCGCAGCGGGAGGCAGCUGGUGCUCAUAGACCCGCCAUACGAUUCCGUGCAGUCCCACAACACGUGGAACGUCCUCGUCCUCAGAAGCCUGCUGCAGAAGUCGGCCUCCAGCUGCGUGGCUCUGUGGUACCCGCUGCUGGAUCGCGAGAAGACCGCGAGCCUGCACAGCCGGGUCCAGAGCCUCGCCGCAGGAAGCGUGCUGGUGGCCGAGUUGUGGCUCGGCAGCUCGCCACGCGGAGAUGACCUGCAGGGGUCCGGGGUGUUGGUCGUGAAUCCGCCUCCCGCCGUCCAUGCGAAGCUCGUUGCCGCGCUGCCCAGGCUGGGCGCGGCGCUGCGGGCCACGGGCUUCCGGGUGCUGUGGUUGUGAGGCAUUUUUGGCUGGGCGGGGCCUUUCGGUGGCCUCGCGUCGUCGUCGGCCUCCGUCCUGGAUUUGCUCAGGCCCACUUUCAGCACCAGCGUGGGCUCUCGCGGGCCGGGCGAGAAGGAGUCCGUGCCAAACCCACCUUCCUCGUCGUUGUGUGGCGUCGGCGCUUGCCACGGAACAGCUUUCAGGGGCGUGGUCGUGCAGCUUCAUCGUCCUCGGAGGGCACGACCGUGCUUAUUGGGAUGCUUCCGAUGAGUCUGGUUCGAGAAUGGAUGUGACAUGGGAUCGGCAAUUUUCACCAUGCAGUGGAUCGCACCAGUGUUUCAAGGGACGGACGUGCUGCAAGACACCACGGCUACUAGCUGAAGCGAGCUCUUCAAUGAUCACAUCGGCUUAAAGGGCGUGGUAGAUAGCUGUCGCCAAUGCAUUUCGCCCCAGCAAGUUCUCAGAGCUUCGCCCCCUGAAGCGUGCGUGGGCCACGGGUCUCCACGUCAGGCGCAGCAGAGCCAAGACGCACACUAGCCACGCGAGAUGGGGCCGUCUGGUCGCCACAGGCUGACGGAUUCGUGGACAAUCCCUUGGCGGUGCAGCAGAUGCCGGGGUCGUCUGCGCAGAGGGUUGGCCGUACCUGCUUGACCGGCGUCGGAGAGCCGCGCGUCAACCAAAGCGGCAUCUUCAUUCAAGAUGGGCCAUCGAGCUUGGAGCCUGCUGGGUGGCUGAGGUGGCCCAGCACCGGUUCCGGCCAGCAGAGAGGAGUGAGACAGGGGCCCUCUCGUCGCCAUCGCUGAACGCGGCUCGACGAAUUCGUCAGUUGCGACCCCGGGAGGGGUUUGGGGG